AUCAGAGCCUUUCUUUAGAUUCUUUCCCCCCGCUACUCAAUCCCUUCCCUUAUCUUCUUCUUCUUCUUCUUCUUCUUCUUCUGCCUUUACUUAACUUUCAAAUACUCCCCCAUUUAUUCUCUCCCAACAUCCCCAAGUCCCCAACACAAAGAAACCGCCGUCCUCCUCCUUCUUCCUCAAAAAACCCGCCACCCCGCCUGCACCCCCCACGAGCGCCGCGCUGAACUUCCGGCAGGCCAACGAGGAGACGCGCCGCCUGCUCAUCGCGCUCGCCGGAGACGCCGCGCAGGUACUUGUUCUUCCCGGAAGUCCAGUUCAUCCCCGCGCCAGAUCUGCGCCGGAUCGACUCCCCGUGGCGCAAAUACAGCGACGUGCUUCCCUUCUCAGAUUCAAUUGAUGAGGAAGAUGAUGAUGUUUUCUUCAAAAUCAACCUCUCCAUGCAUCACCGCGCACAAGGGUGCGGGUGGGACAGAGUGUGCAACUGCCUGCCUGUCGGCCUACUCCAUAAACGCAACCGUCUCGGCCAGCCACUAGGUAAGACAUUGUGCAUGGAACGAGUGGGAAUACGGUUGGAACAUUGGUAGCUCCUCACCGAGGAGUUCGAGCUAGGGCAAGACGAAAACCUGGAGCUUAUUUUCAUUCAUUUUAUUGAAGAGGGUUAUAUCAAAGUGGGUAGUGUAGUUGAUUUUUUGUGUGUAAAGAUCUGAAUUUAGACAAAAAAAUGAUAGAUUUUGGGAAUCUAUGGUAUGAGAUCGAAACUACUUCCAAACGCAUGAGAUAUUUGAGAAGAUAUAACUCGGAGAUUCUUAGAUAAAAGAAAAAAUUAUAAUUCAAAUAUUGGCAUGUUUGCAUACGUUUUAGCAGAGAGUAAAGCCUAGCUGAUGUGUAGACGAAGAGGUUAUAGGUGGGCGUCAGCAGCAGGGUUUUUUGCAGGAGGACCGUUGGACAGCAAAACCAAAAAAAAUAAUAAUUUCGGUACCAGAACCAGAACCGAUACCGAAAAAAUGGUACCUUAACCGGUACCGUAGGUGGCGAUGCCGGUACCAGUUCCCUGGAACCGUUGUGGCGGGUUGGUAGGCGGUGCCGGUACGGUUGCCGCCGGGGCCGCCGGGAUUCCCGGUGGUCGGAUACCUGCCGUUCCUCCGCCGGAAUCUACACCACCAGCUCACCGAUCUCGCAGCCAAGUACGGCCCGAUCUUCAAGCUCCGGCUGGGGACCCGGCUGUGCGUGGUGGUGAGCUCGCCGUCCACCGCGAGCAAGACGCGACAUUCUCGAACCGCGACCCGACGGCGGCGGCUCUGAUCGCCACGUACGGCGGCCGCGACAUCGCCUGGGCGCCGAUGGGCGGUUACUGGCGUGAGGCCCGGAAGAUAUUCGUCCGCGAGAUGCUGAGCAGCGGCAACAUUCGGGCUUGCCGCGAGCACCGCAGAUCGGAGGUCAGAAAGGCGAUCGGAGAUCUGAGAUCCAGAGCGGGCGAGUCCGUCGAUGUCGGAGAAUUGGCUUAUCGGACUGAAAUGAAUGUGGUGACGAGGAUGAUUUUGGGAUCUGAUAGGGUUGGGGACGAGUUCAGGAAGAUAAUGGGGAAAUUUAUUGCUUCAAUUGGGGAGCCAAAUGUGUCCGAUUUCUUCCCAUGGCUGGCUAGGUUUGAUCUGCAGGGGAAGCAGAGGAAGAUGAGGGAUUUAGUGAAGCUUGUGGGAAAUACUCUUGACCCAAUCAUUGAAGAAGGUUUGAAGAUUGUUUCUGAGAAAUCUCAGGUUGCGGGGAAGGAUGAAUUCGAGGAGAAGAAACAUUUUCUGCAGAUUCUCUUGGAGCUCAAGGAUGGUGAAGCUGGCAAAUUGUUGGAUUUUGAUGCAAUCAAGGCCAUCUUGCAGGCAAUAGGACAAUUGACGCGAGGCGCAGAAGAAGCUGGAGACGAAGCCUACUGCCGAAACCCAAUCCGAAAGAGAGUGCCGACUGCUGAGAACGCCGCCGGUAGAGAGACGCCGCUGCCGCCAUACGCCGCUGCACCCUCCAGGCACAUGAAUCCUCAGGACUGGCCCUGGUGCUUACCCAAACCUAGGGUAGUGAUGCUGCUUACCCAGCUGAGCCGCCGUGAAAUUGCUUCCGGGCCACUACUACCAUUACUGAAAAAUCAUAAAUGCCUUCACCUUAAGGCCUCCGGCGAUCCGCCAUUAGAGCAACCCUGUCUGCAUCUGCUGAAACAAUGCUCAAAUGCAGUGCAUAUUCGUCAAGCCCACUGCUACAUGGUCGUCCGAGCUCUGGAUUACGAUAACAUUCUUCUGAAUAGAUUUAUUUGUGUUCUCUCCUCCUUAGGGUUAUACGACUAUGUGUAUUGCUCGGCUCUCCUUGCUCCCAGCCCGGACAGGUACCUAUUCAACACAGCAAUUGAUGCCCUCGCUCGCCAUCCGCGUUCAACCGGACAUGCCGUUAUCCUCCACAAUAGAGCCCGGAAGCUAGGUUUGAAACUUGAUACUUAUUCAAUUCCUUUUGUGUUGAAUGCGGUUGUGAUCGAUUGUGGAUUGAGAUUUACGGGCAGACAGAUUCACUGUGAGGCUGUUAAAACAGGGCUGAGUUGUGACAUCCAUGUGGUGGUGUCGCUGGUCCGUAUGUACUCUGCAGGUAGGCUUGUCUCGGAUGCCCGAAAGGUGUUUGAUGAAAUGGAGCAACCGGAUACGGCCCUGUGGAAUGCUAUGAUGGCGGGCUACGCCAAGGUUGGUGAUAUGGAAGCUGCAAUGUCAUUGUUCGAGCACAUGUCCAGGAGAAAUAUUGUUUCUUGGACUACUAUUUUAGCUGGAUAUGCUCAAAGGAACCAGUCUCAUGAGGCUAUUUCUCUUUUCAGGAGAAUGAUUGCUGAUUCAAAUGGAGUCAAGCCUGACGAGGUAGCCAUGACGGCUGCCCUUUCGGCUUGUGCAGAUUUGGGCAACCUCGAGUUAGGGGAGUGGAUUCACAGUUACAUUGAGAGACAUCGAUUGCAAAGAACUAUACGUCUUAAUAAUGCUCUCAUUGAUAUGUAUGCUAAAUCAGGGAGCAUGAACAAGGCUAUACAACUUUUUGAGAGUAUGACAGAGAAAAAUGUGGUAACCUGGUCAACUAUGAUUUCUGGUUUGGCUACCAAUGGCCUUGGAAGCGAAGCUCUUGACCUGUUUUCUCAAAUGGAAGGGGCUGGAAUUAGGCCCAAUGAUGUGACUUUAAUUGCUGUGCUUUCUGCCUGCAGCCAUGCUGGUUACGUUGAAUUGGGUUACUGGUACUUCCAUACAAUGGAAGAAAGGUAUGGAAUUAGACCCAGCAUUAAGCACUAUGGCUGUGCCAUUGAUCUUUUAGGACGUGCUGGUCGUCUUCAAGAGGCUGAAAACCUCUGUCAAAGAAUGCCCUUUGAAGCAAAUGCAGCUAUUUGGGGAUCACUUCUUGCUGCAUCUAGGAACCAAGGCAAUAUUGGACUCGGGGAGCGAGCUCUAAAACAUCUACUUAAGGUAGAGCCCAAUCACAGUGGGAAUUAUUCACUUCUAUCUGGCUUAUACGCUUCUCAUAGUAGGUGGGCUGAAGCUAGAGAAACACGGGUACUCAUGCGGGAUAUAGGUGUUAAAAAGAAUCCAGGUCAGAGCUUGAUUCAGGUAGACAAUAGAGCUUAUGUCUUCAAUUCUGAGGAUGGAUUUCACCCUCAGCUUGAGGGAAUUUAUACAACUCUGCUACAGUUAAAUGGAGAAAUGAAGAUGCCAAGGCAUACCAUCAGGGACUAUUGGGAUCUGCUUGAUUAUGAGCUCAUAUAACAUGAUAUCCUCCUCCUAGAAUGUGAAAGAAAUCAGAGACAGCCCAUUGUAAAACACAGUCGAUUGAGUGUACGUACUACACUACUACGUGGUUCCACUUAUUUGGUGAGCACUGUCUACAUCCUACGAUUAUAGAUGUGGAGUAAGAAAUUAAUAUAGAGUAAGUAAUAUU